AUGGGAGUAGGACGUGUGCUCGUCAUUGCGGGUUCUGAUAGUUCCGGUGGAGCCGGAAUCGAAGCCGACCAGAAAGUGAUUGCUGCUCAUGGAUGCUAUGCUAUGACUGCUACAACAGCCUUGACGGCUCAAAACACUCUGGGUGUUGAAGAUAUUCAUUAUGUUCCGGCCGAGUUUGUCGGGAAGUUGAUUGAUGUGUCGGUUGGGGAUGUGGGGGUUGAUGUAGUGAAAACUGGUAUGCUAGCAUCUGGAGAAACAAUAGAAGUGGUGGCAAAAGCAUUAAAAAGACAUCACGUGAAAACUUUGAUCGUUGAUCCUGUGAUGGUCUCUACAAGCGGAUCACAGCUUUUGCCUUCUACAGCAAUCUGCCAGUUACGAGAACUUCUGUUUCCCUAUACCACUGUUCUCACACCCAAUGUGCCUGAAGCGCAACUACUCCUUUCCGAUGCUGGUAAAUCUGUCGGAGAACCUAAGAACUUGGAUGACUUGAAAGAGAUAGCGAAAUUAGUACAAUCACUAGGCCCGAAAUAUGUACUAGUGAAAGGAGGUCAUCUGCCUUUACAGAAAGAUGGAACAGUAGCGACUAAGGAGGAAGAAAAAGAACUCAUGGUUGAUAUUUUGUACGGCGAGGGAGUCAUCACAGAAAUCCGGACUAGUUAUCAGAAAUCGCGGAAUACCCAUGGAACGGGAUGUUCGAUGGCCUCCGCCAUUGCUUCGAACAUUGCGAAUGGACUACCCGUGAUACAAGCUGUGAGAAGUGCUUGUCGAUACAUUGAAGCAGGAAUACGAACAGCGCCGGAUCUGGGCAAGGGUAAUGGUCCGAUUAAUCAUUUCCAUUCGACUUACACCUUACCUUUCGCUCCGGGUCACUUUGUGGAAUACCUUCUGGAAAGGCCGGAUGUUAAAGGAGCGUGGCGAGACCAUACUGAACAUGCAUUUGUCAAAGGACUUGGAGACGGGACCUUACCACUGGAGUCAUUCAAGUACUACCUCAUUCAAGACUAUCUUUAUCUUGUGCAAUUUGCUAGGGCUACUGCUUUAGCUUCAUACAAAGCCAAAACUAUGGAAGGCAUUGCUGCAUCUGCAGGUAUUGUACUUCAUAUUCAUCGGGAGAUGGCGCUGCAUAUCAGUUAUUGUGAGGGUUUUGGUAUGACAAAAGGAGAGAUAGAAGCCUGCGAAGAGAGCCAAGCAUGCACAGCAUACACAAGGUAUGUUCUUGAUAUCGGACAAUCUGAGGACUGGUUGGCUCUUCAAAUAUCCAUGGCGCCUUGUCUUAUCGGCUACGGGGAGAUAGCAAAACGAUUACAUGCAGACCCAAAGACAAAACGGGAAGGAAAUAUCUAUUGGAAAUGGAUAGAAAAUUACGUUGCAGAUGAUUAUACGGAAGCAGUGAAAGUUGGAUCAGCUUUGCUUGAAAAGCAUGCUCUGCUGCAGUCACCCAAUAGGAUAGAGGAAUUGGUCAAAAUAUUUGUUCAUGCAACAAAGAUGGAGACGGGAUUCUGGGACAUGGGUGGCGGUGGAGGGAAAAAUUGA